UUGGAGAGUCCUCUAGUUUCUACACCUCAGUGACAAGUUGGAGAAGACUUCAAGAUCUGAACCGCAACACUUCCAGGGCACCGGGAAGAACCAACUUCUAAGAGGCGUCCUCCACUCCCGAGACCACACUAGUCCACGCAGCGGGGGGUACAGCAGGCUAUGGACCGGAGGAUGAACUUGAACGGCACAGCAGACAUUUUCCACAAAACUCUGAGCGCCGUGUCCAACAAGAAGAUGGAUCCUUUCCGGUCGUCCGUGGGUCUCGAACUUCAAGCUCGAGACCGCCAGUCACCGAUCGGCUGUUUUGACGGGACCGAUUCGGACCCGAUCCAGCCGGGGGGUCUGGCGGGGGGCAGAGGGGGCCCGCUGGGUCUGCCGACGGGAUCUUUGUGUGUGAAAUACGGGGAGAGCGGCAACAGGACGUCGGCCGCGGAGAGCAGUGGCGGGGAGCAGAGCCCCGACGACGACAGCGACGACAGGUGCGACAUGGUUCUGCUCACUGACCCGCGGAUCGGCGGGGGGAAACCCGAAGGAGGUAAGAAAAGCAAAGAGCAGAAAACGCUGAGGCUAAACAUCAACGCGCGCGAGAGACGGCGGAUGCACGACUUGAACGACGCGCUGGACGAGCUGCGGGGGGUUAUCCCGUACGCGCACAGCCCGUCCGUGCGGAAACUCUCCAAAAUAGCCACUCUGCUGCUCGCCAAAAACUACAUCCUCAUGCAGGCGCAGGCGCUGGAGGAGAUGCGGCGGCUGGUGGCCUACCUGAAUCAGGGCCAGGCCAUCUCGGCCGCCUCCAUACCGGCCACCACGGCCCUCGCGGCCCCCCCCGGGUUAGGGCCAUAUGAGCCGCCGCCCGGGUACCCUUUCCCCACCGUCGUGCCGCCGACAUCCUGCCCUGAGAAAUGUGCGCUCUUCAACAACGUCACCUCCAGCCUCUGUAAACAGUGCACGGACAAGCCCUGAGCGAGCUGAAUAACCGCGCGGCCAGAGACUCCAAGCACAGUCGAGAACAGAGACGCGCAAAGCCCGUCGGACGGGGGACAUCUGGAGAUGGGACGGGGGACAUCUGGGGGCACCGUGCUGGUUGUUGGUCACCAUAGGCUAGAGAAAAAAAAUUAAUGAAUUAUUUUAUAAUAUUUACAAAUGCAUUCAGA